UCACCCUCCUUAGCUCUCCUUCCCAAACGUGCUGGCGCUGAUCCUUCCAGUCUGGUACCGCAGGGUUCUUUCAGGCCACGGCCGCUCGCUUUAAAACAGCUCUCAGCAGCAUGUUGGAAGAAGAUGAUGAUGAGACCUGUUGGAAUAACCUGGAGAGCUUCCGUGUGAAGCUGAUCUCUGUGAUUGAUCCCUCCCGGAUAACUCCCUACCUGCGGCAGUGCCGGGUGCUGAGCCACGAGGAUGAGGAGCAGGUGCUGAACGACCCCAGCCUGGUGGUGCGCAGGCGCAAGGCAGGUGUUCUUUUGGACAUUCUUCAGCGAACAGGACACAAGGGCUUUGAGGCAUUUCUGGAGAGUCUUGAGCUUUAUUACCCACAACUGUAUCAGACUAUCACUGGCAAGGAGCCCAGCAGGGUUUUCUCUAUGAUUAUAGACACUGCUGGGGAAUCUGGGCUGAGCCAGCUCCUAAUGAAUGAGAUCAUGAAGCUGCAGAGCACUGUGCAGGAGGAGCGUCACAAGGUCCAGGAGCUGACUGUGUGGCUGCAGACCAAGGAGGACACCCUCAGGGAGAUGUGGGUGAGGGACAGCCUGCUCCGUAAGCACCAGGAGAGGGUGCAGAAGAUGAAGGAGGAGAGGGACAGCCUGAGCAAGGAGCUACGGAAGUGCAAGGAUGAGAACUACAGCCUGGCAAUGAGCUAUGCCAGGCAGAGCGAGGAGAAGAGCGCUGCCCUCAUGAAGAACCGGGACCUCCUCCUUGAGAUCGACCACUUGAAGCACAGCCUGAUGAAGGCUGAGGAUGACUGCAAGCUGGAGCGCAAGCACACCAUGAAACUCAAGCACGCCAUCGAGCAGCGUCCGAGUCACGAGGUGAUGUGGGAGAUCCAGCAGGAGAAGGAGUUGCUCUUGGCCAAGAAUCAAGAGCUGGAGAACACCCUCCAGCAGGUUGCCAGGGAACAGAAUUUGGAGAAGAGCCUCUCCAGUGAGACCAUGGAGAAAGGCUGCAGCCAGGUGCUGGAAGAACGCCGGGAGCUGAUGGGCACCAUCUGCAGCCUUCGGAAGGAGCUGCGGAGAGCUGAGGUGCUCCAAGACAAAUAUGCAGAAGAAAAAGAGAUGCUUGAACUACAGUGCACGUCUCUGAGGAAGGACUCCCAGAUGUAUAAAAAAAGGAUUGAAGCUGUCCUACAGCAGAUGGAAGAGGUGGCCUCAGAAAGAGACCAGGCACUGCUGACCAGGGAACAGUUCUAUGUGCAGUACUCCAAGAACCUGGUGGAGCGGGACAGCUACCGCAAGCGGAUCCGGGAGCUGGGGGAGCGCUGUGACGAGAUGCAGCUGCAGCUCUUCCAAAAGGAGAGCCAGUUACUGGCUACUGAAGCCAAACUGAAAAGGUUGCAACUGGAGCUACCCACACUGACCUCUGACCUUGAUGAUACCUCCUCCAGAGAUUCCCAGGAACUGACUCUUCAUGGUCAUCUAGAUGAAGAUACACAGCUGACGAAAAAAGAUUCCCCUGAAGAACAAAAAGAGCAAUUUAGCACUCAAGAGAGCAGUCUGCCUCCCAAGUCACCCAGUUUCAAGGAGUGUGGCUUAGCCAAUGAGGAGCUGGCAGAGAAGGAGAGGAGGAGGAUGAAGGACUGCUUUGAGCGGUACCGAAGAAAAAGGGCGAUGCGCCGGGCAGUGCCGGGCCGGCACCGGGAGGUGGACUGGGAGAACACCACAGGCAGUGACAACACUGACACCGAGGGCUGCUGAGAGCAGGAGGGGACCCGGGGGGAAGCAGCAGCCUGAGCAGGGCUGCUCUGCCCUCUCUGUUACUCCCUUUACAUUUAAAGCCAUCUAAACAAAU